AUGGAUUGGCAGCUCCACGAGCGCCUGACAUCUUUGGACAGCGAGCUAACUUCGCUUCUUCGCCGCGACGUCUCGGCGGGUUCUCGGCGGGCACCGGCAAGUGCCGCCUGUGCCGCCUGCCCCGCCCGGCUCCGCCGUCGGCACUGCGUCGCUGCAGCUCUGGCGUCCCUGGGUGCGAGGAGUUUCAACUGGUCGGCUGGUCUCAGCGUUCUCCGGCGAAGGGACCUUGCGGAGUUGGUUCUCCGAAGCUGCCGGCCUCCUGGGCAAUGGGAGCAGAGCCUGGAAUCCCUAUGUGGGUCUUUGGAAGCCAUCCCCUGGACGACUCGGCAGGCCGCCUCAGCCACGGUCGCUGCGCCAUUGCCAUUGCGGCCGCCAAGCGAGGAGGUGGCGCCCGAUGGUUGCGAUGGCUGUGCGACUCUUACGAUGCAGGUGCAGGCGACGGCAGAGGCCUUGCUUUUGCUCGGCUCGGGCCUCGUCACCUGGGCGCGAGAUUUGUCGAAUGAACAGCAGCGAGAUCUUUGCAGCCUUGUCUUGGACUGCUGCCGGCCUGCAGCUUUUGCCGAAGGCAUAGAAGCUUUCUUGGCCGGCCUGGAGCGGCGGAGGUGGACCGAGCUCUCCGCUUUCCCCGCGCCAUCGGCAGCCUUGGACCUCCUGCCAGCUGCGCAGGAGCCCUCUGAGCAGAGUCUCGCAGAGAAGCAGAGGCUGAAGGCGGAGCUUCAGAAGGAGGUUCGGCGGGAAGAGGAGAAGGUCCUGGCUCAGCUGCGAUCCUUGCGUGCAAGGCCGCCCCUGGCCGAGGAUGCUAGUCUGCGACAGUUGGAGGUGCUGCUGGUGGACAGCCUCAGGGAUGACAUCAGUGAGCCUCCGCGCCACCAGCAAGAUGAAGGGCGGCAGUCGAUCCUUGCGACUUCUGCGUCUGCACAGCCUUUGGCUCUCCCCGAGGCCAGCGCGGCCGUGCAGCUGGAAGCGGAGUAUUUGCCGGGACUGGAACUGGAUGAGGUCUCGCCGGAUUCGGUGAGGACCGAGGAAGAGGACACGCAAAGCUUCGCAUCGGAGUCUCGGCCAUGUGUCGACGAUGCGUCCCGUGAGCGUGAGGAGGCGGCUACACGAAUCCAGGCAAAGGGGACAGGGGUCAAUACUGCACGUCCAGAUGCCAUCAGUCAGGCCCCUGACUUGUCUUCGGUGCCUGAGGCGGCGGUGGCCACGACGUUGGCCUCGGCUUUCCGCGGGCGCCAGGCCCGGCGCGGCUUCGCAGCGCUGCGCCGAAGGCGAGAAGAGGCCCCGGGUGGUGCGGAGGGCGGAGCUAUUCCGGGCAAGCGGGGUGCUCGGCUCUUUCGGUUUGGGGCUUGA